UCACUAUCUCUCUUACUCUCUCUCUGUCCCUCUCUCUCUUUCUUUCUCUCUAUCUCCUUCCUUCUUUGAUUUCGUUUGUAUUCACAUGUUUAAGUUACAUAUCCAGAUUUUGAUUUGACUGUUACUGGCGGUUAAGUGUUGAUCCUGAACUUCUGUUGCAAGCACAGCUACUAAAAAUGGUGGAAUAGAGAAGAAAACAGAGAGACACACACACACACACACACACACAACAGAAGAAAAGAGAGAAACAAAGAAGAGAGAAGAGAGAUACACAGAUAAAGAAAUGCUCAGGGAUUUGAAGAAAUUCAAAGGUGCCCCUUUUGGGACACAAAGAAAUCGGUUUGAUGUAUCAGGAGUACAUCCUGGUUUCAAGAUUAAAGGAUCUUUGUCACACGCUGGACCCAGUGAUGAGUUUUACUCGAAAACUAGUACUCUUGGACCAGGAUACUAUGAAGACAGUAGCAGUUGUUUCAGUGAGCUUAGCAUGAUGAAGAAAGCCAAGGCUAGCCCAGGGUGGGCUCGAGCAAUUUUUGUUGAGACACAGUCCAAACUUCCACCCAUACUUUACAAAGAAGAAUGGCUUCAAAAACAAUUGCAGGAACGAAGCAGAGGACCUGGCACUUACAAUCCAAAAGAUUUCAUUAACAUUUUGGCAGCAAAACCAACCAGUGUCCGUGGUAUAUGUCAUUCCAGUGAUAAUAGAUUCAAAUCAUCAACACAGAAUAUUCCAGGACCAGGAACAUAUGAACCAGGAAAGACUUUAUUUGAAGACAGAAACAAAAAGUCAUAUGGAGUUGUUGGAAUAAUUGAUGCCCGGAUUCCAAGAAAAGAAACAAAAUUUAAUCGGAACCCAGGCCCUGGUACUUAUGAAAUCAAAAGUGGAAUUGAUUCCCUUUUGCAAAAAGUUGUUGGUAAUCGUGGUCCAUAUGAGCUCUUCACUGGUCCUCGAACUCUGAACCUCCAGACAACCAAACCGAAAGUCUAUCCAUGUCCUGGUCAAUAUGAAAUAAAAUCAGGCAUUGAUCAAGUACUGGAGUCAAGCAAAAACUUACAAGGCAAGUUUGGUAAAUGCGAGCGCUGGAUUAAGCAAAUGCACGAGAGAAUAGCUAGCGUGACACCUAAAGAUCUUAAUAUUCCAGGCCCUGGACACUAUGAUGUGUCAUACCAAGAUCACAAAUCAAUGUCUAGGAACCUCCCACCAUUUGCAUCUUCAGCCACCAGAUCUAGUCAGCCAUGUCCAAACUCUGUAGCAGGAACUAAAACAGUGGCUCCAGACAGAUACGACAUUCUACUAUGGCAGGAAAAACAGCCCGUUAAUGGCCACAGAAGUGUCUUCCUCUCCAAAACUAAAAACAUAUCAGGCAAACAGGAAAAAAUGCUCAGGAAAAGAUUGCACAAUAGUGUAAAUGAGGUACCUGAUGAUGUAAUCAGACACAACACAAGCCAAGGUGUUAAAGCUGCUAUGAAUGUAAAGUGAACCCAAGAAAUCACAGUCUCAUCUAUUUAAUUAUUUAUUAAAAUAUUUCUAUGAAUACAUUUA